CAAGAUCUUUGAUAUUAUUCCAUGUAACGGAACGGAACUUGAUGCAGACUUGAGGGCACCAACGUUGACCCAAAAGUGGGGUGCGUACAUCCCUCUCGAUUCUUGCAUGAUCGAAAUAGGUGACACCUUUGCGUUCAACAAUUCAAAAUUUCAACGGAAAAACUUCGUGGGUAAUAAAAAGGGUUGAGAUUCCCGACUCCUGUCUCAAUCAUUGAAAGAGUCAACAUGGGGAAUACCCUCUCAGCAUACGAGGAGAAGGAUCAUAUCAUAGACCUUGGUCAUCUCGGGAGUAUAAAAGGAGUACAAUACGACAACAAAGCUCGUCGAUAUGCUGGGGUGCCGUACGCUCUCCCACCGACAGGCGAUUUCAGGUGGCGCACCCCUCGCCCACUUCCACCUCACUUCAGCUACAACCAAGCCGAUGGCAGCUCGUUAGAUGGCUCGGAGUUUUAUCCCGUUUGUCCUCAGCCAAAAUUUUCUGCUGGACGAGAGCAGGAUAUUGACAGGGAUACCUACUCGGAAGACUGUCUUCGUUUGAAUAUUUGGACACCAGUGCCAGAGCCUAACUCGGGAAAGAAGAAGUGGCCGGUUGUACUCUGGCUGCACGGAGGCUGGUUCCAGAUGGGAGACCCUGCUCAAGAGAUUACCUUGAACCCAACAGAGCUCAUUUCGACAGGCAAGUUGAACGCCAUUGUCAUCGGAAUUGGAUACCGAUUGAACCUCUUCGGGUUCCUGGCUGGCGAGGCUCUGGAAGAGGAGAGCGGAGGAGAAACAGUUGGGAACUAUGGGCUUUGGGAUCAACGACUUGCCAUGCAAUGGGUGAAAGAGAACGUAGGAGCAUUCAAUGGAGAUGAAAACAAUAUCACCCUUGGAGGACGUUCGGCCGGCGCCUAUGGCGUGCAGGCCCAAACCAUCUUUGACUUCCGUGUGAAGCCGUUCGACUCGUCGGGUCAACUCUUCCAUCGCCUCUAUAUGUACUCGAACGCUAUCCCUGCACAACGAAAGACAGCGAAGGAGGCCCAACCGCAAUUCGAUGAGCUUUGCCAAUACUUCAAGAUCGAUCUCUCUCUUUCUGGACCGGCCAAACUUGCCGAGCUGCGGAAGAUCGAGGCUCAUGAUCUCGUCAGCUCCAUCAAGGACCUCAAGAAUCACACUUUCCGUCCUGUGACGGACGGAAUCUUCAUUCACCCUGAUAUGCACCAUUAUCACACCGAUGGUUCCUUCGCAGCGGAGUUCAAGAAACGGAAGCUGAGGUUGUUAAUCGGAGAGGUUCUGAACGAAGAGACUUUAUAUGCAGCGUAUAACGGACCAGAGCCAAAUAUCGAAUCUCUUCGUCUGCAGAUAUCGAACUAUUAUGCUCCAUCAACAACCGAGCGGAUCUUGCAACACUACCCUUUGCCCACCUCCACUGAGAGGAAGGACUGGACGAGCCUUUCCGGGAUCAUUAUUUCAGAUGGUAUUCGUGACGUUUGGAGAUACAGGGUUGCAUACCGACUAUCAUUUAUUGACGACAAAGUCGCUCCAAGAUCAUAUGGUGUUGCACAUGGCAUGGACAAACCUUUUUGGAACUUUGCGAUACUUCAUAGACCAACUCCGGACGAACUGGUUAUGAUGGAAACGUGGAUCAAGGAUUUUGUUGCAUUCGUGAACGACGAUCGCAGCCGUGAGUAUGGGACGACAGAUAUUAAUGAGUUCAAAGUUGCGACUCCAGAGGGCAAUAUUAGGAUACAGGAAGACACUAGAUGGAACGAGCUCUUACAGCUGAGCUAUGUAUUUAGUGGGAAUUGAUACAGGCGGCUGGAUAUCUGAAUAGGUUUAUCGAAUUUUGACAAAGUAGCGAGCAGUGACCCCACUGAUGUUGGGGUUCGACGACCUAGAGUCAGGAGAUAGCCACAAUGCACAUGAAGAUGGAGCCAAAAAGUGCGAUCACCCAGGUGGGCUUUGUGGCUGGAAGCAUUCGCCAAAACAGCAUUGCCGGUGAAGGCUCCCUGGUGCAUCGAUACUAAAUCAUACACAGUGAUCUAGUAGAAUAUCCAUG